AUGGCGCUACUGAUUUAUACCCUAGAACAGUAUAAUAUCAGACAAGGAUCGUCAAUAUUCCGUCAGCAGUUUCUUUAUUAUAAGAAAGCAGCGUUUCGAGAUCGUGCUCGAGAAGAGAUACCACAAGAUAAGUUGACUGACGAAAGAUGUGUUUUUGAUAAAUUAGACAAGAAACAUUCUGGUCGUAUUUCAUGGGAAGAUUUCAUCAACAGUGAAGCUAUUAACAUGCUGAGGAACAGACGCAAGAGAAAGUUAGUGAAGUUAUUGACACAAGCUGAAUUAUUUCGAUGUCGACAGAAAUUUAUGGAGUAUGAUCAUGAUAGAGACGGGGAGAUAACUCGAUUUGAGUCUUUGAAAUCUCAGAUGAAAUCAUACAGUGAUUUAAGUUGUUUUCCAACACCAACUCCCAGUAAACUAUUGUACAGUAAUGAAGAAAUAGGAGGGGUAAUCGAUUGGAUGGAGUUUUUACAAGAUCAAGCCAUAACUGUUAUAGCUUCUAGACGUAAUUCAUUCUGCAAGGAACUACCAAAGAAUGCAUCUGAGUCGCCCAAAAUACCACCUAGGACACCGGAAGUAAUAACACGAAAGAGAACUAACUUUGUAGAUUCUGAAGUCAGAAAUACACUCACUGAAAUAGUUCCAGCUUUGAAUACCGUAACUGUAAUAUCACCAGUUACAUCACGAUCAGCAAGCCCAGUUCCAAUUGGAACAGUAGAUGUUAAAUCAGACACUCCAGCACAAACAGCACAAACAGCUCAUUCCAAUGAUUCUAAGGUAUCGAUUACUUAUGACCAGACCUUAGACGUACCUCCUCCUGUACUGUUGCGGUCUGGACGUAGUAAAUCAGCCAUUGUGAGAUCUCGAGCAGAAAAGUCUCCAAACUUUUCCAAACCAGUCGUGAGAUUAAACACAACAAAGUCUGUAGACGAGUCAGCUGUUGAAACUAAUGUUUCGAAUGGACAUUUGAUAAAAUCGCCUAAUAUCAAUCUGGUGGAAGAAUCAGCACCACAACUUCUUCAACUUAAACACACUUCUGUCUGUGAGUCCAAUACUGAAAAUUCCCGUGACCAAAACGGAGGAGUGACAAACGAUAUUAAUGAAAGCACAGCCAUAUUGCCAGAAACACCUGAAAUUACACUGGACUCUGUCCCCAACACAGACCCCAAAGACUCUACUGAAACGGUCGAGAAUAAUUCCGAUGAUGGCGAAAGCAUUCAAAGGCGUUCAGUGGAAGGAGAGGUAGAUGUCGUUCGGCGAUUUCCAAAAUCUGCUAGGAACCACACAAUAUCAAUGUACAUUUAUGAAAGUAACCGAAAUACGUUUGGCAACGAAAUUCGUUCAAUUCGCAGACCUGUUUCUGUAGUUGGUUUCAAAAUGGAGCCGACAGAAACCGUUUCCAGGCUGUCUAUGAAUCUCCGACGACCAGCAUCUUCACCACAUCACAGUAUAUUACCCAUUAUACGAAAAGAAAUCAAGAAUAAUGGACUUCCUCCAAAAGAGCUGCCUAAGUCUUCUAACAAAGACCAAGAGAAAACGCCAAAACGUUCAAAUAAAGAAAAUGCGCCGCCAGCGAAAAUGGAAAGCCCACGAACAUCUGUGUCUAAAUUACCAUCACCACUAAAACAAAGUUCAGAUAUAUCAAUUAAAGAAUAUGACGUAGAAAGGCGCGGGAAAAAACGCUUGAAUGAUGACAUCGUCGAUUCAAAAUGUGGCGGGAAAUACAGAGCAUCUGAUAGCGAGGUUUUGAAAGCUGAGAAAGUGUCUAAAACAAACCGCUCACAAACUACGUCACUGUUUGUCACGAGAAAUGAACGUGCUUUGUUGAUAGACCAGAAUGAUAGACGACCUCUGUCUUUGGGAUAAAUGAACUGUAUUUGAUUUCACCAUCGUCAAACUUGUAAUUGAUGUAAUUUCCACGUUAUCUCGAGAAGAAUUGUAGAUUUCUGAGAGUGUCAAUUUUGGUGGUUAUAAUAUUUUUGUAAAUAGUUUUCUUGUCACAGCUAUGCAAAUUAUCGUGACAUCAACUUUUCAUUGCGAAGAAGGACAUUUGUGUCUUGGGAUUUUUUGCAUGUCUUAAUUAUGUUACAUGUAUUAAAUAUAUAAAUAUAUUAUUUAUAUAUAAACUUUUGAAAUAACCUUUUUAGAUAAAAAGCCAUUUUUGCGUCGUUCAUUUUUCUAGUCGACAAAUACCUGCGAUGUAUUGAACGCUUUAGGCUACAUUUGUAUUUGUAUUAUGUAUUAUUUGAAUAAUUGCAUUAAAUUGUACCAUAU